ACGAAAAAACGCCUCAUGUGAAUGCUUCCUAAAAUAUAGAAAUACGCGUGCGCGGGAAACCUAAGGCAAGUUCUCUGACCUAGGUUUGAUUAGGUUAGGUUAGGUUCGAUGGUUUUGAUGUUGACAGGAAAAAGAGGUAUCGAGCUGAGAGAACUUAAAAAUAGUGUAACAUCUGUCGAGUAUCAACACUCAUCGAUUUGCUGGCGAAAUUCCACCUGUGAAGGAAAGUUCUUGGAUAAGCGAAAAAUGUCCGAUUUGUUUUUCUAUACCUUGUUUUAUAUUUUGAUUUGUGGAUGUAUCAUCUAUCCAUCGGUAGAGAUUGUCGCGGCGGGACUUACUAUCAGAGAUGUCUGCAAAGAUUUUCUUGGUUGUGAAAAUGAAUGUUUUGUACAACAUCACAUUAGGAGAACCGUGCUUACGAUUUCCAUAUACUGCAUGUUUCCUUUAGAUUACAUCUUAGGAUUAGUAUAUUAUGGUUACUUGGACAUUCCAAAAUUGGUCUAUACGGGUGAGAAUUUUUUCACGCUGACGGCCGUUGUUUUUGCUGCUGUCGGAACUUUCUAUACGUUGAAUACAAUUUGCGAAUGGUACAUGAAUGAUUGGUUGACACAUCCGAUCGCGCGGAAUCUUGCCGUGUACAGCAACCAUAACACAUCAUGGGUGGAUGUCGCCGCAGACAUUAACAAGGAAUAUCGAAGGGUAGAUAAAAUUGAUAUUGCUACCAAUGGCAUAACUCGUAUUGUAGUAACAGACAAUUGGAUUAUUAAGAUCACUUCUUUCAAGUUAGAAGUGGCGCAUCAAAGCGACACUACUUUGAUAGUAAACAAAUGCGAUACUCAUUUAAUGUCAGACGUAACAGGAGACCAAGUACAAUAUAUCAAUAUUCAGGUAAAGCCUAUGCGAACAAAUGCAGAGGCAUUUGAAAUAAGAUUGAAUGCAUUAGACUUUAAAGAGUUGCAAAACAAAGUUAAGCGAUCAAUCGUUAUACCACAAAAUAUAACGUUCCACAAAACCUUGCUUGAUAGGUUUAUCAGUGCUUUCAAAGAACAAGCUAAUAAAAAUCCAGUCUACAAUACUACUCAGGAGUUGGAUCAAUGCAUAGGAUGUAUGCAAGCAACCGCAAAUAUGAAAUUGCAAAAAUUAUGUGACGUUAUCGAGAGCAGAGAUUCUGAUAGCUGUACAAUGUGCUAUUGCCGUCCAAUGUGGUGCAUAGAAUGUAUGGCAAAGUGGUUUGCCUCGAGACAAGAUGAACAUGCUCCAGAGACAUGGUUGUCUUCUAAAUGUACCUGUCCUGUCUGCAAAGCAAAAUUUUGUGUUUUAGAUGUAUGUAACAUAUAAGGACUUCAGAUCAUUAAUACAUUCACGGCCGUUGACGUACUGUUGCAUCCUUUUAGCUAAAGUUGAGAACCGCUUAUAUUGCGCUGUGUUUUCGUAAUUUUUGAUCGAGAAUUGUUACUUCAUUGUAGAAUUUUAAGUAUAUAUAUAUACUACAGAUCAUAUAUAUAUAUAUAUAUA